AAGUGCCCGGAUGUACUAUAUCUUUCCUCGUGUAGUUCGUGAUGAGGUUAUUUUCUCCGAAUUCAAGUUGAACUACCGGCGCUUUAUGUGCUCUGUCAAAGGGAAGAAUGCAUGAAGGUCACAAUUUAAGAUACUAUUAAGUUCCCAUCCAAUGAUGACGAUUGACCAAACACUAAAGAGAGAUCUUCUGAAGACCAAGACCCCUGGUGCUUCUACUGACCCUAUUCCUGUGGAAGCAGGGGUGCAGUCAGGGGCUGACUUGGACCAGCACUUGGUGGCUUCCUCCAAGCAGGUGCUACACAAGACCAUUGAUUUCCGCCCAGCUGAGAAGGACAUCUCCUUCCAGUUGCAGAAUCUCCGGGUCAAGUAUGUGGCGCUGAACCCGAGCCAGCCAGAGGCAGUGGAGUCUGGAGCAGCGUCAAGCAGCAAACAUAGUCAAAUGAAUGGUCAAGUGGAGGUGAAAAAUGAUGGCAUCCCAGCCCCCAAGAAGAUCCUGUACCCGUUUGAAAAGAUCGCCCUCUCUUGGCAGCGUUGCCAGCGAGUUGGGCCAGGCCUCAUCAACUUGGGCAAUACGUGUUUCCUGAAUGCAACGCUACAGUGCCUCACCUACACGCCGCCACUCACAAACUAUCUCCUCACUCACCAGCACAAAAGUGAAUGUCGUGAGCCUGGGUUCUGCAUCAUGUGUGAGCUUUGUAACCACGUCCAUCGGACAUUCAACCACCAGCAAAAUGGUCAGGCCAUUCGGCCAAUGGUCAUACUCCACAGACUCAAACAUUUCGCUAAGCACAUGCACGUAGGGAGGCAGGAGGACGCCCAUGAAUUUCUUCGGUUGCUCAUCGAGGCCAUGCAGAAAGCCUGCAUCCACGGGUUGGACAAGUUGGACAAGUACAGCAAAGAGACCAGCCUGGUGUAUCAGAUAUUCAGUGGUUACUACCGGAGUCGAGUUAUUUGUUCGGUGUGCCAAAACAAAUCAGACACGUUUGACCCGUUCUUGGAUAUUGGACUGGACAUAAAGCAAGCACCAACGGUGACCAAGGCCCUAGAGAGACUCAUCAGGCCAGAGAUGCUGGAUGGGGAGAACCUCUACCAGUGCAAAAAGUGUAGUCGGAAAGUGCAAGCUCAGAAGAGAUUCACCAUCCAACGAUCUCCGGCAGUGCUCACUCUCUGCCUCAAGAGGUUUGACUUCAACCGGUUCAGCAUGGGGAAAAUCAACAAGGAUCUAGCGUACUCAGAGAAUCUCAAUCUCAGGCCAUACAUGAGUGACCCAAAGGGUCCUCCGAUCAUGUACGAGCUGUACGCUGUUCUGAAGCACGAGGGCGCUUCUUGCAACUCGGGUCACUACUACUGCUAUGUCAAGGCGGCCAAUCAGAGCUGGUAUUGCAUGAACGAUGCUUUCGUCAGCCAAGUCAGUCUGCAGCGGGUCCUGAACCAGAAUGCCUACUUGCUGUUCUACAUCCGCAAGAGCAACUUCAAGUCGCCCAUGAACGGUGGGGAGUCCAAGCGAGACGUGAUGCACACAAACAACCCCAAGCCAGCUACAACCAUCAGCAAGCCUCAGUCGCUAUUCAACGGCCCCGUGGGUGUGCCUGUGCCCAGACCCUCCACCAGCACCCAUCCCCAGCAGAAUGCAGGAUUCAAGCCAACGGUCAUCACAGACGACAAGCAGAAGAGACCACUACAGGAACAGAAACAGGAGCAACCACAGCAGGAGGCUAGACAUCACCUGCCAAAGAUGAUCCCCCUCCCCGUCCAACGCGAGAAACUCUCUUUUCAGUUUCGGCCCAAAGGUUCCGGACUAGGCUCGCCAAAUUCACACGGACAGCAGCCUGUGCUGGUCACGAAAAAACAAUCUCCGACUACCGCACCUAUAAAGAGUCCGGUUGUGACUGGAUCAGGUGAUGCUGCCAGGCAGGUCCAAUCAGAGAAGUCCUCAACAACAACAACAACAACCACAACGGUCUUCUCACCUCUCAGACCAAACCCCACCUCACCGCCGGCACUGGGCUCACCCAAACACCCCUUGCAAGGACUCGUGAAACCCAAGAGCCGAACACCCCAAGACGCUUCCAACAUGAACGGCAUCUGUAAAAAGCAGACAGGCUCCGGCCUGGUUCCCUACACAGCAGAGGAUUCCAAUUCCUCUAGCGAUUCGGACACCAAUUAUGAUCAGGUUGCUGAAGCUCUGUCUAGGAAUCCAGCCGGAGAUGCUGGAACUCAAACACCAAAAAUCACAGACAAAUCAACAACAAAGUCCCAAGACGAACAGAAGGAUGUAAGUAGAAUUGAGAAUCAGCCGGACACUACCCCAAUGAGACCCCCAGCAGCUGCUAAAACGUUGCCAUCCGAGGGCCUCCAACUCUCACCCACCCACCUCAAAAAGGCUGGCUUGGCCAACAGUAUAAACCUGACGACUAUCCGUAAGCCAGACUCCCCGCUUAAGCUGACCAUCACAACCAACGGGCAGGCCCAGCGCCUCAAGUCUACCACCCACUGGCGGACGGCGGACUCCGAUUCCCAGAUCUCUCCCUCCCCGGCUUCUGACUGCAGUCUCCACAGUAAUGUCUCUACAAACUCCACCAGUGAGUGGAAUAUCCUGGAGAAGAAAGACGCUCCUCAAACUCCUGAGGAGGUCAAAAAGGAAGCUGCGGUCUUUGGCUGGAACAUCACACCUUCUAAAUCUGUGAACUCUGAGAAAUCUGCAUCAGACACAGAUGAACGUAGAACUACAAUAAAAGGGCCAAAGACAGCCCUCAAAUUUGAUAAUAUCCAGGACCAAACACCAGGGGAGAAAGACUUAAAAAAGAAGUUGUCACACAGUAAAGAGGAAACGAAAGGAUCCACAGUUACAUCACAUACGGUGGUAGAAUCUUCUAGUGUUCCAAAGGAGUCCGGUGAUAAAGUGACAGACAAUGAGGAUUUGCAAGUACAGGGCACUUCAGUGGACCUGAAACCUCAAAUCGAUUCAGAACUUUUGGGAACUUCUUUGAAAAGUGAGAACUCACCAGAGAGGGGCACGAGUGAGGAAUGUGGAGAAGUUGCAACUGCAAAGAAGAAGAAAAAGAAGAAGAAGCAGCAUCUCAGUCCAACCGAUGAAAGCUUCGCGGAACUUGACAAAUCUGAACUCUUACUGUCAGAGAGCAACACAGACAAGGAGCCAGCAGAGGGUACCAGUCUGCAGAUGAGCUCUAGAGAGACUGGAAAUGCUUCAGACUGCUUGCUUGAAACUCCCAAGAAGCACAAGAAGAAGAAGAAGAAAAAGAAGAAGAAGGAAAAGCUUGAAGAGGAGGAAGAAGUAGAGUUGGUAGAGGAAUGGGUGGAACGUGUUGUCGAGCCACAGAUACAUGACGACAGGGUACCUCUGUUGAGUGACUCAAAGACACACACUGACAAACACAAGAAAGAACAUGACAGCCAUGACAAGCACAAGUCCACUAGAAAUCUAGACAGCCAUUCCGACGAAGAUGAAGCUAGCCAUAAACAUUCAACCUCAUACAAGAAACACAAGGAAAAGCACUCACUGAUCCGACGCACCAUAGAGAAGAACAUCAAGCUUCACCGAAACCGCCACUCCAGCAGCGAUGACUCAAGAGAGACAUCUUCCCGACACAACGGCCACAGACGCGACUCACACAGCGACAGUCAUCACAAAAGAACGUUUAGCCACAAACGGACACACGGCAACCAUGAAUCAUCCCUAGAGCAUUCAAAGCACUACAAGGAGUCUCGAAAAACGCACAGCUCGGACGACCACAGUGGUUCCGACUACCCUGCAAAAAUACGACUCCUAGAGGACGAUUCGCCCGUGGAUUCGCAUCGAGAGAAGAAGAAAAGAAAACACAGUGAUUCCUACCGACACAGGCACAGCUCUGACAGCAAACAUUCAAAAUCUCACAAGGAGCACAGGAUCAGAGACUCGGACAAGGAUGGAAAAUACUCUGAGAAAUCACCCAGGCUAAAUGGGGAUGACGAUUCAAACAGUCACAGGAAAGAGAAAAAGAAGAAACGAAAACACAGAGAUGAAGACGAGGUUGAAGAAGCCCUGCUUCACCGUGGCAGAGAGGAUGAGGAUUACAAACCAGAGAAGAAAAAGAAGAAGAAGAAGAAGGACCGACCAUUAGAUGAAGAAGAGGAAAGCACAAGGGAUGUUGAGGAUGCUGUUACGAAACACAAACAUGAAGACAAAGUGCCAGUACAGCAGUGGGACCACCAUAUACAGGAUGGCCAUCGAAAACACAGCGACGACGGCAACAAAUCGAAGACGCACGCUACGUGGGACGGCAGUCACUCAGCAUCGGGGGUCAUGGAGGAGUUAGGCAAAGCAUCUCUCAAGUCAUAUGGACCUGCAAUCAAAUCCUGGGAUGGAGGUCGGAGUGUCCUGGAUAACGAGGUUGAACAGGACUCCAGAAAGGACAGGCAGAGAGAUCCAUACGAAGAGGACUUUGACAGAGGCAAGGUUAAGAAAGUCAAAAAGCACCACGAUGACAGCAGACGCAAGAUGUUCAGCGGUCGGCACAAUAUGUUCCAAUCUGUGCAAAAUAUGAGGAAUAAAGUCUCCAAGGAGCACCAUGGUUACAGUCGGUUCUCGCAUCAGUCUCAUGAAGAGCGCCCUCGGUGACGGAAACCAGACAGCCGAUGAAACAAGAUAUCACUCUCGGUAUUUGUAAUAUGCUUAUUGAAUGUACAGACCAUAACAUGUCACAGUAUUCAAUGCUUUAUUUAUUACGACGCUCAAAACUCGGCAAAGAAUUGAUUUCUAAUGCUUUAGCUUCCUGGAGCCGAAAGUAGAACUCAAAAUAUACAAUAUUCUUGAUGGAUAUAAAUAACAAGAUGUCAUUUGCUUUGUCAUAUAUGUAUAUAUGCAGAUAUUUGCAUUAUUUCCUUCACAAAAAUGUGUAAGAAUUAUAUUGAGCAUAUCCACCCAUAAUGGUGUUGAAGGCUCAACAACAAAGUUUGGACAAUUACACAUCUUUGACUUUUUGACGCAAGUUACUUUAUUUCAGAACUAGUACCUUGGAUGUCACUAAUUUUAAGAUAAAUAUUUGAUUUUAAGAAAUAAUGUAUUUCAUUUUUUGAAUCAUCCUGAACAUAACUUGGGCAUUAAGAAAUGAAAAGAAAAGUCUUUUAUUAUAAAAAGUUCCCCGGAGAAUUCAUUUAUUUUUAAAAUGACAUGAUGGUGGAAGUGAGAUAGAGAAAUCGUGAAUAUUUUUUACCCAAAAAUCAAUACAAAAAAUCUGACUGUCAAUCAAUGUGGUGAUCAAUCUUAACAGUGUACAUUUUUAUUAUUUGUAUCGUUAUGGAAGCUGUUUCUGCAAUUUAAUUUAUGCUGGCACCAAUGUGAAUGUCUUGAAAUUGUUCUGUUUGAUUAUUUUUUUCUUAUUUUUUAAUUGUAAAUCUGUAUUGAAAAUGAAGUAUAACCUGUUCAAAAUAUUGGUUCAAAUUGAUCCCAAAUGUCAGGGUUGAACCUCCUGUCACUUCAAACAUCCACCUCUCUCACAUGUUCUCUGUACUUAAAACUUUCAAGGUUCAUCAGUCCCAUGUAAAGUAAUGAUUACUGGGUUCUAUCUUUCUAAAUCCUACAAAAUUCUUCAGUUGGUGGAUUUUGAAGGAUCUAGGAGGGGUUGGCGUAAUACGACACAAAUGUGACUAUCUCGUUGAAAAGCAGAACUGUUCCCCUGAAAAUCAUUUUUGUUUUGACUGGUCAAAAUAAUAUAAUAAUUAGCACAACAUAAAAGAUUUUAAAAUUAAUUUUGUAAAAAGUAUAUUUUAAUAUUGUGUUUCGGAUUAGCUGCCGAUUUGAAGGAUUAAGCUUGAUAUUAAAGCUUUACAUCACCGUGCAGUUUCUAUCGAAGACCCUAUAGAAAGAUUGUUCACCUUGGAAACAUUUUCCAUCCGUUUAUCCGGCAUGAUUGGGAACUCGAACCUUUUCAAAGAAAAUUUUACUGAUUUUCAAUUUUACUGAUUUACAAAUGCUGUCAUCAGGAAAUUAUUAUUUUUAUUCCUGUCAUAAUCACUUGAGUCUGUCAAUAUUUCAGUAUUGAAAUACAACGUAGUGUCACAAUCAUUUUGUUUAAGUUGUGAAACUAAAAUGAGAGGAGUUACUGACAUUACUUUUCCGUGAAUGAAUGGUUCAUCGUCAGGCAUUAUCUGCAUACGUCGCACUCUUAAUUUGUCAGAUUGUGUAUCAUGUUGUAAUUGUAAUCUAAAAGAUUAGUCUGCUAAGAAAGAAAGUUUAUCAAAUAAAGUGGAGGAGGCAAGUUUUUAACGUA